CGAUAUGGGACUGUAGCUAAUGGCCGUUGAGAAAUUGAACUACUUCCUGCUAUAUUCUGCUAUAAUAAAGAGCAAACAUGGGUGCGAAAUUCUGAAUUCCCAUAAGCUAAGAGUGAAGUCUCAAUCUUCUUUGUUGCUCUCUUUCUGUUAAACGUUGUCACAAUGGAGACACAAAUGAACAUAUCAGCAGACAGUAGCUGGUUAUCUGAUUUGGAAAUGGUUGAUGAGGACUGCAACUUGAACUUGAACUUGAACUUGCUUGAAGGCAAUGAUGAAGAAGAGUUUCUAUCACAUGAUAUAGCUAGUGUCUUUGCCUUUGAGGAGCAGAGAGAGAAUUUGCAACAAUGUUUAAAUACCGAAUGCAUUUCGACAACUCUGAGCGAAACAUUUACGGAAGAAACAAGUUUUGAGUCUUUAGAUAACUUUGAUUUUGAUUUUGAGAAACCAAAUAAACAGAUGAAAAUAUUGGAUCAAAGUGAGAAUGAUAACAUCACUGAUAACUUUUCAUUAAAAAGUGCAACAUCACAGUCCUCUUAUCAGUUGCCUCAGAUCUUGUCUUUUGAAAAUCCAAACCCAGCAGAGUUUUAUGGGUAUGAUCAAAAUCAGAAGGAAACAGUGACUUCGGAGUCAUUGGGAAACAGAAAUUUUCCAUCUCAGAAGUCUAAAGGGUAUUCAAAAGCAUCACGAGAUAGGAGGUCUCCAGCUCACAAAAAAGAUCACAUUAUGGCAGAGAGAAAGAGAAGAGAGAUGCUCAGCCAAAGCUUCAUUGCUCUGGCUGCUCUCAUUCCGGACUUAAAGAAGAUGGACAAGGCUUCGAUAUUAGCAGAGACAAUCAAAUACGUCAAAGAGCUUCAGGAGCGUUUGAAGAUUUUAGAACAGAAGGAAAAGAACCCAAAGGCAGAUCAGUCGACGGUCACUCCGAUCAAACCAAAGGUUAAUAACGACGAGCAUUACUCAUCAACUGAUGAGAGUACUGAAACUGAAAGUGCUGCUGAUGGUUCUCCCACUGAAUCUCUCUUCAAGGUGGAAGCAAAAGUUUCAGAGCAACACAUGUUGAUUCGGAUCCACUGCCAAAAGCAUAAUGGUCUUCUUGUUAAAAUCAUCUCCAAGAUUCAAAGUUUUGAAUUAUUUGUAGUCAAUAACAGCGUUUUAGCCUUUGGAGAUUCUAUCCUCGACAUUACCAUCAUUGCUGAGAUUGGUGAAGGCUACAACUUGACUGUAAAGGAACUCGUCCACAACAUACGUAUGGCCGCAUUGAAGUUUAUGUCAACGUAACAACAUGAAGAAGGCAGGAGUGCUGUUGUGGGAGAACUAAUUAUGUAGUUAAGCUCACUACUCAUAGUUGAGUUUGUUUAAAUUAAUAAAUAAUAUUGGCAUAGCAAUAUGAUAGAUCUAUGAUGAGAGAACCAAUAAUGAUUGUUUGAGGUACUUUUCUAUGGAGCCAAAUUGCUCUAAUGCAUUUAAGUAUCA